AUCUGGUACCAAUAUUGUGUGCAGAAAUACCCUUAUCAGCCCCUAACUUUACCCAUCAAAAUACCAGACUGUCAGCUUUCUGUUUGGGACAAUCACCCCAAUUGUUAUCUCCUCCCCUCACUACCUCCCAGUCUCAUUUUCUAGUAAAAAAAACAAGCAGAAAAUUAUGUUCUCAAAAAAUAGUACAACAGUACAUUUCUGCAAUAGACAAAAAAGAAGUGCUCUGGAGAUAACAAAAGUUUUAACCCUUUUCCUCUGUGCUUGACUGUCAGCUCUAUUCAUGGUACUAACUGUAGCCGCUAUUUUUUAUGCAAUUAUUUUUUUUCGGGGAUGCAAGUAUUAAAAGAUUAGGGUGAUUCAGUAUCUGAGAUGUUUAUAGUUGGAAAUACCUCUUCCCAGUCGAGUAGGUAACCAAGAACAUGAAAACUAACAUGUUUUCUUACUCUUGGUGGGAGACUUACCUGUUUAUUAACCAAGCUAAUGAGGAACUAGCAGAGCUGUCCUUUUCAACACAAUAGGCAGUCAAGCAGCAGGACACAGGGAUCUUUUAAAAAUUAUUUCACAGGACACUUUUAAAAACAAUUAUUUCUUCCUCUUGGGUUUUCUACAGAAAGUACUGCUGCUUACCUCAGCUGCCUCUCUUCUGCCUCAUAUUUUUAUUUACUCUCUUUUUGAGGGUGUGGUUCUUUGUCAGCUGUUCUCAAUGUCACAGAAGUGACGGACUUGGAGAGAGAUACAAUCUUCCUUUUCUUUUGGGUAAAGUGCAGCACUGCAGAUCCCAACUCAAAGGAAAUGGAAAAAUGCAGCAGGAUUACUGAACCAUGUCUGCCUACAUGAAACAAGUUCUCCAGAGACUGAAUUCCAGUGUUGACUUUCUUUAUUGGAAGACCUUUCCAGGAUUUCAUUUUCAUUGGUAAUAAUACCUGAACAAACCAGACAACUAAUGGUCCUCAUUUGUAAAAGUUACAGAAAGAACAUUGGCAGAGAAUCCAAAAACUUACGCAAUCGUGAAACAAUUGCUUGCGGAAGGAAAUGCUGGAGAACUGCAGAAAUACUUUGGCUCGAGGAUGGAGUUUGGCACAGCAGGGCUCAGAGCUGCCAUGGGAGCAGGGAUUUCCCACAUGAAUGACUUGACUAUUAUCCAGACAACCCAGGGAUUUUGCAGAUACCUUGAGAAGAAUUUCAGUGACCUGAAAAAGAGAGGAGUUGUGAUUGGGUUUGAUGCUCGUGCUCAUCUUUCCAGUGGGGGUAGUAGCAAAAGGUUUGCAAGACUUGCUGCCAACACCUUUAUCAGUCAGGGAGUUCCAGUUUAUCUAUUCUCUGAUAUAAUACCAACUCCUUUUGUGCCAUACACAGUAACUCAUCUGAAGCUUUGUGCUGGAAUUAUGGUUACUGCUUCCCAUAAUCCAAAACAAGACAAUGGUUACAAGGUUUACUGGGAAAACGGUGCUCAGAUAAUUUCCCCUCAUGACAAAGGAAUUUCUCAGGCUAUUGAGGAGAACCAAGAACCAUGGCCUCAGGCUUGGGAUGACAAACUGAUUGACAGCAGCCCACUGCUUCAUGAUCCAUAUGCCAUGGUCAAUAAGGAGUAUUUCAAAGACAUACAGAAACAGUGCUUUUACAGGAAUAUAAACAAGGAAACAAACCUGAAAUUUGUUCAUACUUCUGUGCAUGGCGUAGGACAUAAAUUUGUGCAGUUGGCAUUCAAGGCAUUUGACCUUAGCCCUCCUUUUGCUGUUCCGGAGCAGAAAGAUCCUGAUCCAGACUUUCCCACAGUGAAGUAUCCAAAUCCUGAAGAAGGCAAAGGUGUUCUGACAUUGUCUUUUGCUUUGGCUGAAAAAGAUGGAGCAAGAAUCAUUUUAGCAAAUGAUCCUGAUGCUGAUCGACUGGCAGUGGCAGAGAAACAAGAGAGUGGUGAAUGGAAAGUGUUUUCUGGAAAUGAACUAGGAGCUCUUUUAGGCUGGUGGAUCUUCACUUGCUGGAAAAAUAACAGUAGGGAUACUCGUGCCAUUAAAGAUGUCUACAUGUUAUCCAGUACUGUUUCUUCCAAAAUCCUGAGAGCAAUUGCACUAAAGGAAGGUUUUCACUUUGAGGAAACUCUGACAGGUUUCAAGUGGAUGGGCAACCGUGCCAAACAGCUCAUGGACCAGGGGAAAGCUGUUCUUUUUGCAUUUGAGGAGGCUAUAGGGUAUAUGUGCUGUCCUGCUGUUCUGGAUAAAGAUGGUGUCAGUGCUGCUGUUAUAACUGCAGAGAUGGCCAGCUUUUUGGCAACCAGGAAUUUAUCUUUGUCUCAGCAGCUGAAAGCUGUCUAUGAUGAAUACGGCUUCCAUAUUACCAAAGCUUCAUAUUUCAUCUGCCAUGAUCCUAAAGUUAUUCAACAGCUUUUUGACAACCUUAGAAAUUUUGAUGGAAAAAACACAUACCCAAAAUCUUGUGGUAGAUUUAAAGUUUCUGGAAUAAGGGAUCUAACUACUGGAUAUGACAGCAGCCAGCCAGAUCAAAAGGCUAUACUUCCUACUAGUAAAAGCAGCCAAAUGAUAACAUUCACUUUUGCUAAUGGAGGAGUGGCCACAAUGAGAACCAGUGGGACGGAACCAAAGAUCAAAUACUAUUCUGAACUUUGUGCACCCCCUGGAAACAGUGAUGUUGAACAGCUGAAGAAGGAACUAGAUGAAUUGGUCAACGCUCUUGAAAAACACUUCUUUCAACCAGAGAAAAACAAACUUCAACGAAAGACUGAGUGAAAUAGCAAAAUUACUACCUUGAUUGGCUUUUGCAGAAUUAGAAGUGCAUUAUUUAAGAAGUUAAGGAUUUUUAGGACCAAACAUCUGAGAACUCUGACUAUAAAGACUUCUGCUUUUAAGAGUUUUUUUAGGUACUCUUGGCUCUAGUAUCUUAUUUUGGAAGGAAAGUAGUACCUUUUCUCUUAAUGGACCAAAAAAACCCAAUAAGUUGACGUAAAAGCUUUAUGAACUAAAAGUUGACUGCAAAUGUAUUUCAAUCAAAACUUCUUUUAAUUAAAUAUAAGUAAUAUUAUAUCUGAAA